UCAUAGUUUUAAUACAUUCAGCAAUAUAUAAGGCUUCUACAGCGAACAUUCAGCACACCACUGGACUAUCGUAUCAAAGCAAAAUGCAGCUCUUAGUCGGAAUUCUCCUGGUUAUCUGUAGCGCAGUCAGCGCAUCCUAUAAAGGAGGAUAUGGCGGUUACGGAGGUGGAUACGGCGGUGGAUUCGGUGGUGGAUUUGGAGGUAUCGGCGGUGGAUACGGAGGAUAUGGUGGAAUCGGAGGUGGAUACGGAGGUUAUGGAAUCGGAGGUGGAUACGGAGGAUACGGUGGAAUCGGUGGUGGAUACGGUGGAGGAUAUGGAGGCGGAUAUGGAAAAGGAAAAGUUGUUAUUGUAAAAGGUGGUUAUGGUGGCGGUUAUGGUGGUUAUGGAGGUGGAUUAGGAGGUUAUGGUGGUGGUUAUGGUGGUAUUGGAGGAGGAUAUGGUGGUUAUGGUGGUUAUGGUGGUUAUGGAGGUGGAUUAGGAGGUGGAUAUGGUGGUUAUGGUGGUAUUGGAGGAGGAUAUGGUGGUUAUGGUGGUUAUGAAGGUGGAUUCGGUGGAUUAGGAGGUUAUGGUGGUGGAUAUGGUGGUAUUGGAGGAGGAUAUGGUGGAUACGGAUACGGAAAGGGAAAAGGAUAUUAAACACAGAACUUUAACAGAACGGACGCAUAAUCCUUUUUUUUUUUACAUUUAUGAUAUAAAAUAUAAUCGUUGCAUUUAA